GCGCGAUUGUACUCGCUCGGCCACCGUAGGUCCAAACACGUGUGGAGCUGUGUUUGUUCUGUGUCUCUGUCUUAAGUUUGUACCAAAAGGGGGUCGUUCACCACUAAGGCUCCUUCAUCAUGAGUGACAGCGAUGAUGAUGAUGUACCUCAGCUCUCUGCGGACACGCUGGCAGCUUUGCAGGAGUUUUAUGCCGAGACUGGAAGAGCAGGACAAGACACCGUCAAAACUGACAAGUUCAGUGUCGGUGCUGUCGAGGAGGACUGGCGCAUGAGUCAGUUCUGGUACAGUGAAGAAACAGCCUCACGGUUAGCAGAGGAGCUCCUGCAGCAGGCUGGACAACAGGGGAGGAUCGCCUGUUUAAGUGCACCGAGUGUGUAUCAGAAGCUGAAGCAGCUGGAGUCUGUGCGGUCAGAUGGUGUGUCUGCUGUUUUGCUGGAGUUUGACAGGCGUUUCGCAGCGUAUGGAGACGAGUUUGUUUUUUACGAUUACAACAAUCCUCUGUGUCUGCCUGAGGAUCUGCUUCCUCAGAGCUUUGACAUUGUCAUCGCAGAUCCACCGUACCUGUCAGAGGAGUGUCUCAGCAAGGUCACGCUCACGGUUAAACACCUCACGAAAGGCAAAAUCCUGCUCUGCACCGGAGCCAUUAUGGAGGAGCAUGCUGGGAAACUUAUGGAUCUAAAGAUGUGCAGUUUUUUACCAAAACACAAUCAUAAUCUUGCCAAUGAGUUCCGCUGUUAUGUUAACUAUGAAUCAAGGCUUCUCUCGUGAAAAAUCUCUCAGACGGACAUCAUUUGAGCCUUCAUUUUUCAUUGAACAUUAGCAGAUGAUCAUUUGGAACAAUAAAUCCGCUCACUCCAACUGGAGAAUAGCAGGACCCAGAGAUCACAGCGCAGAAUUUGGCUCUUCAUCAGAGAUCUGUGAUCAGUCUUUGAUUAUGCUUUGGCUGACUUGCAUUGUCAGUUGAGCACAUAUUUCAAAACGUUCAGUCACAAAACUGAGGCAAACCAUUGGAAUAAAAUGGGCUUGAAGUAUUUGUAUAUAAUAUACCAUAAACUAGACGUUUAUGUUACCGAUGUUGUUGUUUUUAAUAAAACCAUCAUAGAAGAGCUGGCACAAAGUCAAGCUGAGUAA